AUGCUUUUAUCGCCCUCACCGAAACCUCUUGCCAUCGACGUUGAUCUCGGAACCACCGGCCGCCAACCUUCAAAUCUGGAGUCGCUAACUUCAGAUCUAGAACAUCUGCAUUCAGAUCUGCCCUCAUCGUCGACAUCAUCUUUCUAUUACUUCAGAUCUGUGAGUUUUGCUUCAUUUCCGACCACCUUCCGACCUCUAACCUCUCCAAAGCACCAGAAAACGUCAUGUCGUCUCCCUCAACCUUUUAUAUCUAAAGCCAAAGAUGCCAGAAAAGUCACCAACCAUCAUUAA